UAUCAGCCACGAAAUCCCGUGCAAGAAACAAACCCGGAAGCGAAUGGCGGAAAUUUAGAUCCACCUCACGCUUAUUUAGCUAGUAGUAUCCGAGCACACCCGCGGGUUCCCCCCCUGAACGGAGAGUUCAACCGAGUGGACAGCAGCUGCCUUCAGCUGAAAAACGCUGCGCGGCUUUGAUGAACCAACGUAAUCGCGUCGGUAGAACCGGUAACGCGAAUGGACGUAUAGCCAGCGAAGAGCAUCCGGUCACCGACAGCCUGCCCGAUUAACACCGAUAUAUGGCCCGGCUCCUCGACUCGCCGCGAAAAAACAAGACGACGAAACCAGCAUCAUGUUCCUGAAGACGUCCUUCACCAGCCUGAUAGUGGGCGUGUUUGUGGUGUACGUGCUCCACACCUGCUGGGUGAUGUACGGGAUCGUGUACACCAAACCCUGCGACAGCCCCAAAGGGGAGAACUGUUUCACACCCUACCUGGCACAGGAGCCCAAACUACAGUUGAGUAUCUACACUGCACUGCGGCCCGAUGCAGAGGGAGGACAUACUUUGAUCCACAAAGAGGAAACAUUUGACGUCAACAGCAAGUUUGAGAGGAUAGUAAACGUCUCCCUCCCUAAGAAGACCCGCAACAACGGAACCUUAUACGCUCUGGUAUUCGUCCAUCAAGCCGGCAUCACUCCGUGGCAGGAUCCCCGACGGGUCCACUUGGUGGCUCAGCUCACCACUUACAUGGUGCCGAAACCGGCAGAAAUCUCUUUGAUAGCCGGAGAGGAUCAAACACAGGAGAAGAAAGAAGAAACCCAGCAGAAGAAGCGGGGCAGUAAGCCCACAGGAGGGGCUGGAGCUGGUGCCGCUUCCACAGCGGAUCACCCAGCGGCCCACUGGCGCACCCGCCUGACGCUCAACGUUGUCGGAGACCACUUUGUGUUCGACAAGGAGAACGUGCCCGGAGAUGUCCACAGAUACCUCAGAGUAUUCCAAAAUGGUAAGAAGAUUGAUUACUUACCCCUGCUGUUUGUGGACGAGCUCAGCAACCGAGUCAAGGACCUUGUGGAGAUCAACAGCACCUCCAAGGAGCUCCCUCUGACCAUCUCCUACGACUCCAUCUCUCUGGGGAGGCUGCGGUUCUGGAUCCACAUGCAAGACGCCGUUUUCUCCCUGCAACAGUUCGGUUUCACAGAAAAGGAUGCUGAUGAGAUAAAGGGAAUCUUUGUGGAUACCAACCUGUACUUCCUGGCUUUGACCUUCCUCGUAGCUGCCUUCCAUCUCCUCUUUGACUUCCUGGCAUUCAAGAACGACAUCAGCUUCUGGAAGGAGAAGAAAAGCAUGGUGGGAAUGUCCAGCAAAGCAGUGCUAUGGCGGUGCUUCAGCACCAUCGUGAUUUUCCUCUAUUUGUUUGACGAGCACACCAGCCUGCUCGUCCUCGUACCGGCUGGUGUCGGCUCCAUCAUCGAAGUGUGGAAAGUGAAGAAGGCCCUUAAGAUUCAGGUUUCCUGGAAGGGAGGAAAACCAACAUUCCUGUUUGGGAAAUUGGAUGAAUCGGAGAGGAGAACAGAGGAGUACGAUACUCUGGCCAUGAAGUACCUCUCGUUCCUCCUCUACCCCAUGUGCAUCGGAGGGGCUGUGUAUGCGCUAAUAUAUCUACGAUAUAAGAGUUGGUACUCGUGGCUGAUCAACAGUUUGGUUAAUGGUGUAUAUGCUUUUGGCUUCCUCUUCAUGCUCCCUCAAUUAUUUGUCAACUAUAAGCUGAAAUCUGUGGCCCACCUGCCAUGGAAAGCCUUCAUGUACAAGGCAUUCAAUACCUUCAUCGACGAUGUGUUUGCCUUCAUCAUCACCAUGCCAACGUCACACAGACUGGCCUGUUUCAGGGACGACGUUGUGUUUCUCAUUUACCUCUACCAGAGAUGGCUCUACCCAGUGGAUAAAACAAGAAUAAAUGAGUAUGGAGUUUCUUACGACGAAAAACCCAAAAGAAAGACUCAUAAGGACUAGAGAGGAAAGACGGGCCCCUGGCUUCCAUGAUCUGUCUUCAGGGCACUGGGAUCCACUGACUGGUACGGGUCAUUUGGUCAUCGGAGCAGGUUUAGCGGCCCAGAGGCGUCUGGUCAGUUAGUUGUAAAUGGACCCGAUACAUCAACAUUUUUGUCUUUUUUUUUUUUGGUCUUUUUUUUUGUCUUUUUCAAUACCGUGCAAAGUGUUGAAAGGGGAACAUCAGCUUAUUUUCCUUCUGCCGUCAGGAGAGGAAUAUUUUAGUUUUAGAGCCUGUGGCGGAACAGAAAGAGCCAUAAGAUAAACCAUUUUAAACUGAGGCAACAACAUGGAGAAACGUGUUUUUCACACUGUUAAUGACUGGCCAUGGCGACCAUGGGUCAGACAUUACUCCGCUUUGGUAUAAAACACCGGUGGCUAAAGUGAAGUCAGCACUUCUCCUUCAAACAAGACAAAGCCCAUCAAAUCCCUUGUCAAUUGUCCAACAAUUACGUUCUGUUUAAAAGUGUGAUUUAUUACAUUUUAAGAUGAAAACAUCUCUUGAAGGACCACGCUAAAAUGUUUAUUUUCUAAAUUGAAAUUGUUAAGUCUAAAAUUGAUCAUUUUAAACCUCGCUGUUUAUAAUUUGCAGUUAAAACACAGUGUGCAUUGUGAGAAGGACCCGGUUCAAAACUCAUAUCUAACUACAGUUAUUUUCUAUGUUUUUUUUUAAGCGUAUCGAACCCUAACCCAGAAGAAAGUGGACAUUUUUCCACUUUGCUCAGUUAAUUAUUCUUAAUUCAGAUUGAGGGCUUUUCUACAAAUUAUAUGACAUUGGGCUAAUGUCAAAAUAUUUCUCACUGUUUGCAAUUCAAAGUAUGAAUGUGAAGUCGUUGUGGAUUUUCUUGAUAUCUCAAAUUAUAAUGUAGACAAGGCAAACAUGUUUUAACCAACCUUUAACCUUCCUGUUUAAGUGAGAAUGGAGGGCUUUGACAAAACGGCGAGAGGUAUCUGCUGGCCUGUUUUAUAUUGUAGAACAUAUCUUCGGUUUGUGUUUAACACAGACUCUAACCAAAAAAAACCAAAACAUUCACUUCUAGACAAAAAGAAAAAGAACGAAGUACCAAAAUGUUAAUUCCUUUCUGGGUUUUUGGACCUAUUCCUCCACCACGCUAUGUUCAUAAAAUAUUAAGCAACUAAAAGGUAACAGAAUUGGUUAUACAUUUAAAUUAUAUCACUCUUAUUUUAAGAAUUAUAAUGCGCUUGCUAGCUAUGUCCAUAUGAUGGCUGCAGCAUGUUAAAAUAUACUGACUUUCAUUCCACUGUAACAAAGGAGGAUACUCAUCAAAGCCAAACUGUCCUCUCCAUCCACUCUAGUUUUGUUAUCUUACCUGCUUGAGUAUUUUUUCCAUAUCAGGGCCGAGAAAAUUAGUUGGUGCCAAAUGUGAGAAUGAUUCUACAAAGCUUUUUAUGUUCAGCAUAAAUGAUCCAUCACCAACAUUAUGAAGGCAACAUAAUGGUAGGACUUGAGGAAAGUAUUACUACAUUUGGAUUUACAGUCACAUCUUGAUUUUUCUGCCAUUGUUCUGUUAUUUUUGUUGUUUGAUAACUCUUUAUUAAUAUUACGAUAUAUUCGGUAUGUGCACAAGAUCCAGCACUGUUUUUUUUCUGUUCCUGUGUAAAUAAGAACAGGCAAGGUUUUCCAGAAAAUUGCCUUAAAAUGCAUUUAUUUAUUGUAAUGAUUGUGCUUUUGAUUGAUUUAAAUAAAAUUGUCAACUGAACAUUUUGUUCACAAUGGAUUUAAAA